AUGGUACAAACAGCCCUCUACACAGCAGGCUUGUUAGUCCUUUUUCCAAAAGCCAAGGAUGUUAGAAAUAACAAGUCUCCUGCCAACAGCCACAAGAGUUUGAGAGAAAAUCGUCCUUCUGAUGGUUGCAGUCACUUUCUUCAGUUUGUCUGCCAUCGGAUGCGUCGUCCGCUUGAAAGGGAGAAGAACAAAGGGCCGGAUUCUGGAAGUGCGGUUUGCGUUCUCAUUACUCUGUAUGAGGAAUGGUUCCCGGGCUUUCCUCGCAAGGAAAGUGAUGAAAUCAGAGAGCACGUGGAAGAAAGUCUGAAUAGACAUCGAUACUUAAAUUCUUUAUUUCCUCAUGAGAACUCCACUGCCAUCUAUGGAUCAAAUCAGUUUUCUCAUUUGUUUCCUGGAGAGUUUAAAGCUAUCUAUUUAAGAAGCACAACCUCCAGAUUUCCCACAUACCCAGCAGAAGAGUGGAAGUCCAUCUCCAACGUGUCUUUGCCAUUAAGAUUUGACUGGCGGGACAAACAUGUUGUGACUCAAGUGAGGAACCAGCAGAUGUGUGGUGGGUGUUGGGCCUUCAGUGUGGUGGGUGCGGUGGAAUCUGCCUUUGCCAUAAAAGGGGAACCCCUGGAAGACCUCAGUGUUCAGCAGGUCAUCGACUGUUCCUAUGACAACUACGGCUGCAAUGGAGGGUCUCCCCUGAAUGCUCUCAACUGGCUGAAGAAGAUGAAAGUGAAACUGGUGAGAGAAUCAGAAUAUCCAUUUAAAGCACAAAAUGGACUGUGCCAUUACUUUUCUGAUUCACUUUCUGGAUUUUCAAUCAAAGAUUAUUCUGCAUAUGACUACAGUGGCCAAGAAGAUGGAAUGGCAAGAGUACUUCUUUCCUUUGGCCCCUUGAUAGCAGUGGUAGAUGCAGUGAGCUGGCAGGAUUACCUGGGAGGCAUAAUACAGCACCAUUGCUCAAGGGGAGAAGCCAACCAUGCAGUUCUCAUUACUGGGUUUGAUAAAACAGGAAGUACGCCAUAUUGGAUUGUCCGCAACUCCUGGGGAAGUUCUUGGGGAGUGGACGGCUAUGCCCAUGUUAAAAUGGGCAGUAAUAUCUGUGGUAUUGCAGAUUCAGUUUCUUUUGUAUUUGUGUGAAAGAAUAAGUAAAUCAGGAGGCAACUACAACCCACGUAAAUUCUAGAGUAAACUAACUUGUAGAAUGUUCCUUAUAGAGGGAUGGACAGCCAAAGUUGGCAGGAACAACACCAGCACCAGGCAUAGAAAUAAAAAAUCUAGAGCAUUUCUCACACCAGUGAAUUAAAGAAGUGAUAAGGAUGUAUUUGCCAUUGUUUAGUUUACCACCAUUUACAAGAACAGCCAACCAAAAAUUCUGUGUGCCUUUCACACUUAUAUAAGCAUCCUCUGCUUUCCAUCAAAAAAUGGUGCCCAACCUUGAACUGUACAGAGACCAUGUAGAAAGAAACACAAUGAAAAAUCACUUUUUAACAGGAAGUUAACCUGAUUGAGAUUAUAUGACCAAUAUUGCAAAUGUAUGAUAAAAACUCAUAUUGCGUGAGAAAGAAGUUGUUAUAUGGAAAUUUUCAUAUAGUGAGUCCCAUAUUUGCCUAUACUGUCUUUCUCUUUACUCUUUACUAAAAAUUCCUGUUUUCCUACGGCUGGGGUUCCCAGGCCAAAGAAGCAAGUUCCAUUCUUUACUUUCCAUUUCUGUUUUAUAACCAUCUACUUGGCUCUUUUGUCUCUGAGCUUCUAUCAGUAUGAGGAGCUCACUUCUUCUCCCUCCAGCCACUUCUUUCAAAGUCCAAUGUCAUUAAUCUGCUGUAUCAGCCAAAAUAGGAGCUCCCUAUUUUUUCUGUCUAUUUUUCCCAAGCUCCCCUUCUACCUCAGAUUUUGUGUUUCUUUGGGCUUUGCCUCCUCCUUCUUGAUGCCCAGGCUCUCGCUUCCACAAGUCACAAUGAAAGACAGUGUGAGAAUCAGAGAGCAGAAGAGCAGGUGAUCUGAGUGAAUAUAAGUAAUACAGCCAUAUUGCAUAAGUUAGUAGAAGAAAACCAUAUCAAACACUAGGUGUGUAAAUACAUUUUUUUUUAAUUCACGAUGACUUUCUAUGUAGACUAUCUUAAAGCAAAAAUUUCAAUACACCAACAGCCACUAAACAAAAUUGAGGACUUCUAUUUUUCUCCAAUUUUGCCCAUCUUCAUCCCCUUUACUAGAAAAAUGGAAUUUAAAAAAAGGGUUGGCUUAGAUUUAGAAAUGUCCCAGAAAGACAAAUACUGUUAUUAGACAAAUAUUGAUAUUAAAAUUGAUAAAUAUUCUACUUCUCCAAGUAUGCCAAAAGGUCCUAUGUCCUGCAUAUUCUAGUUUGUGUUUAUUUACUUAUUUUUGUAUGAUACAAAUGCCUUGUGAUGCUCAUUUUCAAAUGUUAAAAGAACUAAUCACUAAUUUCAAAGUGAUUAAUUCCUCUCAGCUCUUUAAAAUAUUGAUGCCAUUUAUAAUAAAGUAACCUAUUUUUGACUGUGAGUUGAGAAGAAUUUGCAUAUAAGUAUGUAAUUUUCAUUUGUCAAUGCAGAAUUAAUCCAUUCUAUUUUCUUAGUUUCUCAUCAGAAAUCCAUGUAUCUAGUGCUUGGUUUUUCUAUGUUGACACUUUAAUCUCAGUGUCCCAUGGUGUCAUUCAUCAUCCUCCCUUCCCCCACCAAAUCAAAUUAAUAUAUUAAAAGAAUGAUAAAACCUGGAAAAUACAACUUAUUCCAAGAUUCUAAAACAUCUUGGGUAUUCAUUACUUUGUGAAAAAAGCAAAAUUAUGAAAUUUUUCUUCUCUUAUAUACAUAUGAAAUUGAGUCUUUAGUGUUUGUACCAGUAUAGGUAGUUCAAAAAUAGAGCCAGAAUUUUUUCCAAGUUUGCUAAUUUCAAAUAUUUUGCCUUGAACUAUGUGUUACUUGUCUGUAUAUUUCAACUUAACCCCAUUGGGUACUAUGCAUAUGUGUACUUUUACAGUUACUGACAAAUUAGACCUUAUGAUCCUUCUAAUAAUUAAAAAAAAAAAAAAACUUUCCUUCAAGAUCAAAGAAUAGCUCAAUCCCUAACAACGAGCCACUUGCUGAGGAUACUUUGUCAAAGCUGAUGUAUAUUUUAGAUUCCUGUGACAAUAUUUUGAACUCACCCUCCUACGAUAACAAAAAUUUAGCUGCAUUACCAAAAUCCAGGCUGACCUAACAAAAGAAUAAAACUAUAUCUAUCUGA